UCAAAUAACAUAAUUCAACAAAGGAUUUUCAGGUCUUCAUUUGAAUUGAUGGCCAAGAGAAAAGCUUGACAAUUACAAAGCUAUGAGAGAGAUAGUUUUGGCGUUUACCUUAGUCACACUGCUAACGGAGGGCAGUGGUCAGACAGUAGAGUCGGUGGUUCGCAAUGCCGUCAACUCCGCCUUCAGACGCGGCACAACGUCCGGUCGCAGAAUAACUGGAGGGACAUUAAUACCAACAGUGAUCACCGGUACAACGAACCCGCCUACUCAGACUAGCGGGGGUUCCAGUGCCAUUAACUCCCUCAACAGAUUUUCACAAAGUAAUUCUCCAGAAAUGAAUAGAAUGUUAGAUGACAGAUCCUCCCAGGCAUCAACGGCCGCCCGGAAUAUUGCUGCCAGUCCAAUCAUUGCCUCUGGCACAAGCAGCACUGAAGAAGCCAAUAGAAAAGUGAUUUCCGACCCUGAGAUUACGUCUAGCUUUCAGCGAGCAAUGGCGCCAUUUUGUUACGAGAUACCCGUAUGUGAUAGACAGAAUCCAUACAGGACAGCAGAUGGAUCCUGUAACAACCUUUAUAACCCCCUCCUGGGAAAAGCCUUCACCCCACAGGCACGAAUUCUUCAAAACCUUUAUGAUAACUUCAUAGACACUCCUCGGACAUUGACUAGUAACAGACAGAAUAACUUGCCCAGUGCCCGCGUGGUAAGUAACGCCGUACUUGCAGGAUCUACGCCAACCAGUUCCACACACUCUACCUUCCUAACCCACCUUGGACAAUUCAUUGAUCACGACAUCAUUUCUACACCUUCUAUGACAGAGGGAAACCCACCAAGAAGCAUAACAGAUUGCUGCAGUCCUUUAGUAAAUAAAUUUUCUUGUUUUACUAUUCGAGUUCCACGUGGAGAUCCGCAUUUCCCUCCAACACAAACUUGCAUGAAUAUGGUCCGCCAUUCUGCAGCUUUACCACUUGGAUGUACAAAUGGUGUCCGUGAACAGCAGAAUCAACGUUCCUCCUUCAUAGAUGGAACUGCCAUCUAUGGAUUCGACAAUGGCCGGGAAAUGCUACUUCGACAAAGCAGCGGUGGUCGAUUAAGAAUGAGUGAUUUAGUCCAAGAUCUACUUCCUCGUGCAAACUGUCCAUUGGGAAUAUCUACUCAAUAUCACUGUUUUAUAGCAGGUGAUCAUAGACCAAGUGAAACGCCUACACUGACAGUUAUGCAUACGAUUUGGGCACGACGUCAUAAUCUCAUAGCAGACGCCUUACGGGCAUCCACAGGUAUCACAGACGAUGAGGUCCUCUUCCAGGAGGCAAAGAGAAUAGUUGUUGCCGAGCUUCAACAUGUGACUUACAACGAAUUCUUACCAGCAGUCCUUGACAACACCCACAUGAAUUAUUUCAACCUUCGCUCCAGACAAUUUGGCCACGAUAGCAACGUUUACAACCCAAGUGUCGACCCCAGAACUUUUAAUGCCUUUGGUGCUGCAGUGUUACGUAUGGGUCACUCUUUGGUCAGAAAUAUUGUUGGGCAUGACAAUGGACGUCAGCAAAUACAAACCUUUCCUCUAAGCAAUCAUUUUGAAAAUCCAGAUCUCAUGUUUUCUCCAGCAAAUGGCUUCGAAUUUAUGGCUCGCUGGAUGGCUAAAUCUCCGAAGUCUCGAUCUGACAGCAGCAUCGUAGACGGACUCAGAAACAGACUUUUUGAGGGUCCCCCUGGUCAGUAUCCCACUGAAACAACGUCUUUUGACCUUGGAGCUUUAAACAUUCAGCGCGGUCGUGAGCACGGACUUCCAUCUUACAAUGCCUACAGACAGUUCUGUGGACGAUAUCCAGCCUCUCACUUUGGUACUUCACCUGGUGGUUUGGAAGAUCAUUCCCCACAGGAUGCUGCCAACCUCGCUGCUGUUUACAGAAGCACUGAUGAUAUUGACCUUUUUGCCGGCGGAAUAUCUGAGAGACCUAUUUAUGGCGGCAUCCUUGGACCCACCUUUUCCUGUCUCUUGGCCUACCAGUUCGCUCUGUACAAGCAUGGAGACAGGUUCUGGUACGAAAACGAUGUACACGAGAAUUCCUUGACCGCCUUUACUACAGGACAACUUUAUCAACUGAAACAAAUAACUAUGGCCAAAAUUUUAUGUUCAGUCGUCAAAGAUGAUGGUUUUAAACAAUAUCAGCCUCGGCUACUUUUACGACCAGACAUCUCUGGAAAUUACCUACGGCCUUGCAGCCAAAUAUUGAAUAGAUAUAACCUUGGUUAUGACAUUCGUCCAUUUGCUGAGCAACUUACUUUACUGAGAGGCAGACGCACCAGCAGCAGUGGCAGAUUUCCUUCUUUUCAAGGAGCUUUUCAGCGAAACGCUGCUAGAGGUGGUUCCACUUCUCAAACAAGCACACCACCAACUAACGUUGGGUUCAAAAUCCCAAAUCCUGCUGACGUUCUUGGAAAUGUCACUUCUACUAAUACUGCCCCAGGAAGUCAGGGUGGUGGCAGUCUUGAUCCGCCUGUAAACAACAGGGGACAGGGAGGACGAAGAAGAAAUAACCGUGGGCAAAAUAAUAACCAAAACCAAGAACAAGGAACACGCAGAAAAUUUCAGGGAAGAUUUGGUAAUCAGGGUUAAAUACAUGAACUGUAAUUUCUGUGAGAGUGUUUGAAUUAUGACAUUUUGUAUGAAUGUUUGAAUGAGAAAAAAACUUUUUCUUGAUAACCUUGAUCUUGAGUACCAAUUAUUCAUUUUCCUCGUUUUUUUUUUUUUUUUACAAACGAAAGUAUUAAAGAUAACAACAAAAUGCACCCCACCUAGCUAGUUAAAAUCCAGUAUGUAAGCCAGCAUUAAGGAAACUAAAUAUAUACACUGUUAUAUGAUAUAAAAGUUUGCAAGGACUCUGCAUUUCUGCGGAGCUGUACAUUUUAACAGAUAAAGAUGGACAGAUUUUUCUUUUUGUGGUAACUUUUUGUAAAUUUGUAAAAUUGUAAAUUCGGUAAUUUUUAAAAUAUCAUGUAACAUUUACUUCAUUAAUUAAGAAAAUCUAGAAAUAGUUCUGAAGAAGGUACGAGUUCGUAAGAUUCUAAGUAGAAUAAAUUUCGGCCAAUGUACGUAACACAGUAAAGAAUGUGAAUAUCAGUUUUUUUUUUUAGCUUGUUUUAAAUUCAACCCAAGACUUUGGAGAAAAAAGAUUUGACACUUGGGUCAAAGUUUCCCCUUGGGUAAUUUUCCAAAUACUGUAAUUAGAAAGACAGCAGUUGAGAAAAUGACCAGCAUGUAUGAAAAACAAAAAGCAUAUGAAGUUGAUAAUUUAUAUACAAUAUAUAAAAGAUUGUAUUAGGUACUCGUAUGAAUAUGUAUGUUUAUAACCUAUUUUGCUUUUUUUCUCACAAAUAUCGAAGACCAGGGACGCGUUUUGUCCUGUAUGUCCUUUUGUCAAUCUUUUUGUCUGCUUUUCGUGUUUGGCACGCAUAUUCAGUUAUUAAUGCCCUUUCAAAUUCACGCGUACUUAUACUCGUCUGUUUGUCCGUGAUAAGAUACCCGAUCAGGACUGGCAUUACCUCAUCUUUUUAAGAUGAUUGGUAUGUAUAAAUAACAUUCACUGUAAGUGUUUACAUGUUUACGCAUUGUGUAUAGCAUUUGAUAGUAAACAGCGUUGUUGAUUAA